GUGUCCGUAUAUUUAGAAAUCCAGGUCAUAAUUUGAGAAGCCUCCACUUAGCAUAUAAAUGUUGCUCCACCAAACCUCAACUGCAGAGAGAGACCAGAACCAAGCUCUGAAAAGCAACUAAAUUUAUCAGUUCAUCUCCUCGGCUACAGAAAUGGGUGAAGAAAAGAAGGAGGAAGAAAAGAAAGACGAAGUGAAGGACGAGGGGAAGAAGAAAGAAGAACAAAAAGAGAAGAAAGUGGAAGAGCCUCCUGAGAUUGUACUCAAGGUUGAUAUGCAUUGUGAAGCUUGUGCAAGAAAAGUUGCUCGAGCCUUGAAAGGAUUUCAAGGAGUAGAGGAGGUAACCACAGAUAGCAAAGCCAGAAAGGUGGUGGUGAAAGGCAAAGCAGCAGAUCCUCUGAAGAUAUACGAGAGGCUCAAAAAGAAAACUAGAAGGAAGGUUGUUUUAAUUUCACCUCUGCCAGAACCACCGGAACAAAACAAUCAAGAUCCAUCACCACCGCCAAAGGAAGAGAAAAUGGUGGAGCCUCCUCCUGUAGUAACUGUUGUAUUGAGCAUUCGAAUGCAUUGCGAAGCAUGUGCCCAAGCUUUGCAAAAGCGAGUUCUAAAGAUCAGAGGUGUGGAAUCAGUUGAAACAAAUGUUGCUACAAGUCAAGUAAUAGUAAAAGGCAUAGUUGAUCCAACCGAACUUAUUAGUGAUGUGUACAAGAAGACCGGAAAGCAAGCUUUCAUAGUAAAAGGAGAAGAAAAGAAGAAAGAAGAAGAAAAGAAAGAAGAGGUGAAUAAGGAAGAAGAAAAGAAAGAAGAAGAGAAGAAAGAAGAAAAGAAGGAUGAUGAUGAAGAAGAAAAGGCAUACACCAACAGAAAUGAAUAUUGGCCCUCAAAGUCUUACUUAGAGUAUGCUUGUUGUGCCCCUGAAAUGUUUAGUGAAGACAACCCAAACGCCUGCUAUGUCAUGUGACCAGUUAAACUAUAUUGAACUUUUGAUGAACUUUAGUUGGCUAUUUUUAUAAUUUUUAUGUAAUAAUAUGCUAAUAAACAUUAGCAAGACAAGCAUAGUUCUUAAUGCCUUAUUAUAAUCAAGACUUUAUUUGCAUAAUGAAUAAAAUUUUUCUCAUAUUA